AUGUGGGAGCGGACAUUGCAGGAUCUCAUUCGCGGGUUGCGAGCAAACAAGAAGGAUGAGAGCAAAUUCAUCUCGCAGGCUAUUGCCGAGAUAAGGCAGGAAGUCAAGAGCAAAGACAUGGAGCUAAAGGCGGCCGCUGUGCUGAAACUCACAUAUCUAGAUAUGAUGGGGUACGACAUGAGCUGGGUGUCGUUCCAUGUCGUAGAGGUGAUGUCGUCGCCCCGCUUACACUUGAAGAGUGUUGGGUACCUUGCGGCUAUUCAGUCAUUCCAACAAGACACAGAUGUGCUCAUGCUAACGACAAAUCUUCUGAAGAAGGAUUUGGGCUCGAAGCCGGAAGACAUUGCAGUGACGCUAAACGGUCUUUCGCAUAUUGUCACACCGGAUCUCGCACGAGACAUAUCACACGAUCUGAUCGCUAUGCUCAAUCAUUCUCGCGCAGUUGUCAGGAAACGCGCUGUUAUAGCGUUGUACAAGGUUUUCGUCAAGUAUCCAGAGGUCAUUCCAUACGGCAUAACCAGGUUGAAGGAGAAGCUGAACGAUGCUGAUGCUGGUGUCGUCGCCGCAACGGUGAAUGUUCUCUGUGAGCUCGUACAUCGCAACCCAAGGGACUACCUUGCUCUGGCGCCGCAGCUGUUCCACCUGAUGACAACUUCAUCAAAUAAUUGGAUGUUGAUCAAAAUCAUCAAGCUGUUCGGAACUCUGUGUCCGCAUGAACUGCGGCUGGUCAGGAAAUUGCAACCGCCGAUUACGGAUCUGAUUUCGACCACUCCUGCAAUCUCGCUUCUUUACGAAUGCGUGCACACAUGCAUCAUCAGUGGCAUGCUUCAAGGUCCCUCCGGAAACUCGCUAGCCAGGACAUGCGUCACGAAGCUAGCAACGUUCUUACAAGAUCCGGACCAGAACUUAAAGUACAUUGCCCUUCUUGCAAUGGUCAAGAUCGUUCCCACACACCCUGAGCUAGUGGCGGAGUAUCAGGACAUGAUCGUAUCCAGCGUGGAUGACCAGGAUGUCAGCAUUCGCAUGAGAGCGCUCGACCUCUUGUCAGCAAUGGUCAGCAGACACAACUUGCAGCCCAUUGUGCAGCAGUUGCUAUCCCAUCUUGUCCGAUCAGAGUCCGCUGUUCUUCCAUCCGCUAUUCAGUCACUGUCGCAAUACGGAUCUGCGGCGGCGAAUGCGGCUCCAAAGGCGUCCAAUGCUCCCUCGCAGUCGCCUGCCUAUCGUAUCACGCUUGCGCAGAGGAUUUUAGCCCUCGGUUCGCAAGACACAUAUGACAACGUUGUUGAUUUCGAUUGGUAUCUCUCCGUCCUCGUCGACCUUGCAUAUGUUGCGGGCGCGAAUGUCGGGCUGCAAAUCCGCGACCAACUAAUAGACAUAGUGGGUAGGGUGCGAGCAGCGCGGCGAUAUGCUGUCCAGCUCAUGGUCAAAUUGUUAACGGAUGAUUCCUUCUUGACAAAUGCGGCGGAAGAGGGAAGUUGUGCUGAAGCGCUCUGGGCCGCAGCGUGGAUCUGUGGUGAAUACUGCGGAGAACUUGCUGAACCGCAGAAGUUAUUAACCUAUCUCCUCCAGCCCGGAAUAGUCGUACUUCAGUCGGACACAAUGGCGGUCUACCUUCAAGCUGCCAUGAAGGUCUUUGGGCAUUGGGCAGCUGACCAGGCCGACAGAUGGGACAGCGACGACCUUCCUAAGGUCAGAGACAUCGUUGACAUGGUGCUGGACCGGCUCGGCGAUUUCGUUACGCACGUUGAUACUGAAGUGCAAGAACGGGCUGCGGAAAUGCUCAAUCUGUUUAGAUUCAUUCGUGCGGACAUCGAUGCGUAUCGGCCGAAGACGGAACAUGUCCUCUCUUUCGGCGAAUCAAGUUUCACAGCCCUUGACACCGCCUCUGGGGAGCCGCACUACCCCAAGAGUCUAUUCCUCAUCCGGCCGCUAUAUGCUGCGUUUGAACUCAAUGCUGUGGCGUUAACGGCACAAGCAAGGGUUCCGAUACCGGACGGUUUAGACCUCGACUCCUGGAUCGUACCACCCCCGAAAGAGAUGACCGAGGCCGUCCAGGUGGACGGUGACGAAGUAGCCGAACUCAAGAAAAAGAAAAAGAGCAAGAAAGGCAAAGAGAAAGAUACGGGGGCGGUCAAGAGUAAAGGUCGCAAAAAGGCACACCGAGAUGAUGACGAUGAGAACACGCUGAUUGCACCAGCCGAGACGGAGGAAGAGCGAGCAGAACGAGAGCGGGUACGACGUCACGGUUGA